AUGGCCGACAAGUCUUUCACCACAGCCGACGUCAGCUCGCACAAGGACGAUGCGAACGGCUUCUGGCUCAUUGUUGAGGACGGCGUCUACGAUGUCACAAAGUUCCUCGACGAGCACCCCGGCGGCUCCAAGAUCCUGAAGCGCUUUGCCGGCAAGAACGCGACCAAGGCUUUCUGGAAGUACCACAACGAGAGCGUGCUGGAGAAGUACGGCGGCAAAUACAAGAUUGGUACCGUCAAGGAGGCCCCGAAGCUGUAA